UGCAAUUACUGUGAGCGACGCCUCUCGUAUGCGCCGCAUACUAGUUGCGCACCAACGCAGCCUCGCGCAGCCUCACCUACGGGUCCAGCGCAAGGACAAGAGCAACUUUCCCGGCGAAAAACGGUGCCGCGGCGCCCGUUUGGACCGAACGUCAGCAUGAUGCUGAAGAGGGUAAUUGCACUCGCCGGCGCGGCCACCGCGCUAGCCCCCCACGCCCUAACAAGAGGCCCGGCCCGCGCAAGACGGCGGCCCACCUGCGCGUCCUCGACCAUCGACGACCUGGCGCGCGGCAAGGUCGUCACCGGCGACGGCACGAAGAGACCGCCGGUCUUCACGGUAGAACAGCUGCGACGCCUCGCGCGCACAAGAGAGACCAUCGAGCGACGCUUCGAGGCGCCUGCGGUAGAAAGACCGGCCGAAGCCCAGCCCAAGGACGAUGCCGCGCCUCUCAGUAACGAGGAGCUCGCGGCCUGGUUCGCCCCGCCCGUCGACGGCGUCGACACGAAGCGCGAGGAGAUCAAUGGAGCAGCUUCGUACAGAGAUCGAGACGAAGGUUUGCACUGGCAGAUCCGGAACAUGGGUCGGACAAAAUUGUUAACUCCCGAUGAAGAAAAAGCGUUAGCAAGGAAGGUCCAGCGCCUCGUGAAGUGGGAAGGGCUACGAGCUAAUUUGACCGAGUCGCUGGGCAGGGAGCCGUCCGAGCUCGAGUGGGGCACGGCGUGUAAAAUAGCACCGGAAGCUGUAUCAGCUGGUUCCUUCGCGAAGGCGCGGCGGGCCUGCCAGCGCGCCAAAGCGACGAUGAUCAACGCCAAUUUGAGAUUGGUCGUUUCCAUCUCGAAAAGGUACCAACAUAGAGGCCUCCACUUCCAAGACGUGAUCCAAGAAGGGACCUUCGGUUUAACUAGAGCGGUAGAAAAGUUCGACCCCGAGAAAGGUUUUAAAUUUUCUACUUACGCGACGUGGUGGGUGAAGCAGGCCGUCAUGCGGGCGAUUGCGGACCAAUCUCGUACUAUAAGGUUACCAGUACAUGUGCACGACCAGUUGCAGUCACUCAAGAAGGCGGCGCGCGACAUUAACUCGGAAGCCGGUCGGGACGCGAAGGAAGAGGAGCUGGCCGGGCGGUUGGAUCUGACGUCGCAGAAGCUCGCCUUUCUGCGAGGGUGUGAAAGCAUGACGACUUCCAUGGACGCGACCGUUCGCGUUUCGGGAAAAGGGUCUAGCGCGGGCACCGGUGGGUCUGGCAGUGAGACGAAGGUGGCCGACGGCAUCUCCGAUCCUGCCGCUUUGCCCGAUGAAAGGGCUGAGGCAUCUAGCUUGCAAUCGGACAUCCACGGGCUGCUGCGGACGUCGCUGUCCGACCGGGAGUGCGACGUGGUUCGACUGCGUUUUGGAUUGGACGACGGGCGCGCGCGGACGCUGGAGGAGAUCGGGACCGUCUUCCGCAUCACGCGGGAGCGCGUCCGCCAGAUCGAAGCCAGGGCGCUCCACAAGCUGCGCCAGCCGUACCGCAACCACCUCCUCGAGGCGUACACGACGGGCGGCCAGCCGUGAAUUCACUAUCUUAAUAAGUACUCCCCUUUA